UCACCACCACACGACUAAAGCUCAUCUCUUUUACAAAUAUCGCACUCACUCACGCAGAUAGAAUCAUAGAGAUAGAGAGAUGGCUGCUCAUCUCUCUUCGCAUUCACUCUCAGCAAUCUCAAGCUUCUCCGUGCAACAUGUUAAGAUUUCUCCAAACCGCAAUGCUAAUUUCAAGCCAGUGGAAUUGCAAGUUAGAUCCAGUUUGGAGGAUGAGAGCAGCACUUCUUCUAGUUCUGAUAAGCCAUUAGAACCUACGAAGAUAGAGGUAUCACAUACUGCAACCUCUCGUCGCCAUUGUCUGACUUGUAUAUGCUCCGCAAUGGUGUUGAUAGUUGCUCCAGGAAUUUCAGAUUCUGACUCUAAGGCAAAUGCUAUGGAUAACGAAGAAAAAGCAGUGUGUCGCAAUUGCAGAGGCAGUGGUGCUAUAAUCUGUGAUAUGUGUGGUGGUACAGGAAAAUGGAAGGCUCUGAACAGAAAACGUGCAAAAGAUGUCUACGAGUUUACAGAAUGCCCCAACUGCUACGGUCGAGGGAUAUUAGUAUGCCCGGUAUGUUUGGGGACAGGUUUGCCAAACAACAAAGGUCUUCUUCGGAGGCCUGAUGCAAAGCAAUUGCUCGAUAAGAUGUACAAUGGCCGGUUGUUACCAAACUCCUAGUUUGAUUUCAAUGUGUAACGAGACAUCUUUGGACGAAGCAAGAGAUGAGAGGAACGGAGCGUAUAAGGAAAAGGUAAACACAAUGCUAGCAAGUCUAGUAACAUUUCUCACUUGGGCUGUGUGUGGAAGGCAAUGGCAAAUCUUUUGAUCUCGAGACUCCUCUGGCAAGUUUCUUGGUCACCAUAUGAGAAACAACUCUAGUGUUCUAUAUUUCUCACGCUUUAUUAUCAUGAUCAUCAUCAUGAGUGGGUGUAGAUGUUUAUGUUGAUGUUGAUGUAGUAUAUGUUGGUGCUUUUGCCUCUCAUGCUCUAGCCGGUGGGGACGUAUCGAUCCUGUUACUUUGGACGACUAGUCCUGACAAGUCAAGAUAGAGUUAGGUUUUAUAACUAUGUUCGGAGCAUAUAAAACUUUUUUUAAAGUUUUUUGGUUCACAGUUUUAUUAUUA